CCCUUCUCCCUCUCCCCCUCCUAACCUCUUCUCCACUAAUUUCGCAUCUUUAUUCGGUCCUCGGAUAUCAAUUGUGACCGACUAAUCUCACAUUUCUUUUUUUUUUUCUUUUUUUAUUUUUACAAUGGAGUGGCAACCGCAGGAGGAGCCGCUGGGGCAGCUGGCCUACUGUCUGAGGGAUUCCCUGAAUCCUUACAACGGUGCCGCUCAGAAACAGGCUGAACAGAUGCUAGUACAAGCAACAUCCUCCCCAGAUUAUGUCAACUAUAUUACCUACCUCUUCUGCACACCGCAGAAGCCCCAACACCUCCAGAUGGAAGCGGCAGAUUACAAUGUAGUCCGUUUCGCCGCAGCGAUGAACCUCAAGACAAAGAUUCACAUUGCAUACAACACCAUCCCCCAGGACUCCCUCGUAUACAUCCGAUCAGCGACGCUCCUCGGGCUCCGGGAUCAAAGCCCACAGGUGCGAAACUCCGCUGGUAGCGUUAUAACGGAGUUGAUUUCCAAGGCGGGGCUACUGGCAUGGCCCGAGGUGCUCCAUGAACUCUUAACCCUGGUGGAAAACUCCUCCGGAGAUGUUGGCGCCGAGGCUCGAGAGGCUGCCAUGUCCGCCCUGUAUAAGGUCUGCGAGGACAACCGAAAGAUUCUGGAGCGCGAUUACAGCGGACAGUGCCCUCUGGAUGUGAUCAUUCCCAAGUUGCUCGCUUUCAGCUCCAUUGAUAGCUCCCAGAUUCGAAAACAUGCCCUGAAGGCGAUUCUUAUCUUCCUUCCUCACAGACCCAAGGCUCUCGUCUCCUCGAUGGAUUUGUUCUUGUCUCAUCUGUUCCAGCUGGCCAAUGACUCGAGCCUCGAAGUUCAACGUACAGUUUGUCAGGGCUUUGCACAGCUCGUGGAUUUUGCUCCUGAGAAGCUUGUCCCGCACAUGGAGGGGCUGGUCAAUUACAUUAUCUUGCAGCAGCAAAGCCAGAUUGAUCCGGAGCUGAACCUUGACGCUGCUGAGUUCUGGCUUGUUGCGGGAGAGCAGCUGAAGCUGCAACAGGCGCUGGCUCCGCACAUGCCGAAAGUUAUCCCGGUCCUGCUGCAGAGUAUGGUUUACGACGAGGACGAGGCUAUUCGGUUGGCAGAGGAAGGUGAUGAUGCCGAUUUGGAAGACCGCACGGAAGACCUUAAGCCACAGUUUGCUAAAUCCAAAGCUGCUCGCUUAGACACUUCCAAACAAGGGGGGCAACAAAAUGGCAAUGCGCCGCCCUCCGUGGAGGACGAAGAAGACGAGCUGAGUGAGGGUGAAAUUGAGGAUUCGGAGUUCGGAGAUGACCCGGAAGACGAGUGGACCCUCCGCAAGUGCUCCGCUGCGGCCCUUGACGUCUUUUCGAACGUCUACCAUCGACCAAUUUUUGAAAUCAUCCUGCCUUACCUGAAGGAGACCUUGCGUCAUGACGAGUGGGUCCAACGCGAAGCCGCCGUCCUGACUCUGGGUGCGGUGGCGGAUGGUUGUAUGGAUGCUGUCACACCUCAUCUCCCAGAACUUGUCCCGUACCUCAUCUCCCUCCUGAAUGACCCCCAACCGGUCGUCCGCCAGAUUACCUGCUGGUGUCUUGGUCGUUACUCCGAAUGGGCAUCUCAUCUUGCUGACCCAUCUGAGCGGGCUCGUUAUUUCGAGCCCAUGAUGGAGGGUAUUCUGCGCCGAAUGCUGGAUGGAAACAAGAAGGUCCAAGAAGCAGCCGCCUCUGCCUUUGCCAGCCUUGAGGAGAAGUCAGACGCCAACCUCAUCCCAUACUGUGAGCCCAUCCUGCGCCAGUUUGUGCUAUGUUUCGGAAAGUACAAAGACCGAAACAUGUACAUCCUUUACGACUGUGUCCAGACCUUGGCAGAAUGCGUCAUGUCGGAGCUAUCGAAACCUAAUCUGGUGGACAUUCUUAUGCCCGCCCUGAUCGACCGCUACAAUAAGGUGUCCGAUCAGUCCCGAGAGCUCUUCCCCCUGUUGGAAUGUUUGGGAUAUGUGGCUGCAGCUUAUGGCGAUGCCUUCGCCCCAUUCGCAGCCCCCCUUUACCAGCGCUGCACCAAGAUAAUCUAUGAGAAUCUGCAAGAAUACAUGGCCUCUGUCAACAAUCAGGCUAUCGACGAGCCAGACAAGGAUUUCUUGGUCACCAGCCUGGACUUGCUAAGUGCGAUUAUCCAAGCGAUUGACCCCCACAAGAGCGGGGAGUUGGUGGCCAACUCGCAGCCCCGGUUUUUCGACCUGCUCUGCUUCUGUAUGGAGGACCCCAACUACGAGGUGCGCCAGUCGUCCUAUGCUCUUCUGGGCGACUGCGCUAUCAAUAUUUUCCCGCAGCUGGAACCCUUCAUUGCCAAUAUCAUGCCCAUUUUAAUCAAGCAGCUCGAUCUGGAUUUGAUUCGAGACGAUGAGCGUCACACGGGCUUCAGCGUGCUGAACAACGCUUGCUGGUCCUGCGGUGAGAUUGCUGUGAACGAAAAGGCGGCCCUUUCCCCCUACGCGGAGAAGUUGUAUCAUGGGCUCUUCGCGAUUAUCACCAACGAAGAAAUUAUCGACUCUGUGAACGAAAAUGCUGCGAUGGCACUAGGCCGCUUAGGUAUCUGCUGCUCCGAUCCGCUCGCCCCUCGUUUAGCCGAAUACGCCAGCGUCUUCCUCGAAUCGAUGAGCAAGAUUGAUUUUACUCGGGAAAAGGCGUCCGCGUUCUUGGGCUUCAAUCAGGUAGUGAUGAAGAACCCCCAGGCUAUGGAGUCAUGCCUGGCAGACUACUUCCAUGCCAUUGCGAUUUUCCCGCGCGAAUCCCUGCACCAGGAAGACUAUCGGGAUAUCCAGAGUUCGUUCCAGCAGGUCCUGCAAGGUUACAAAAAUAUGAUACCCAAUUUCGAUUCGUUCAUGUCCCAACUUCCAGCACCUGUUCCGCAGCAGCUUCGUUCUGUAUAUCAAAUCUAGAGUCAUGUCAUGUCAGCAUUUUGUGCGUCGUUCUAUGGGUUAAAAAUUCGCGGCGAAAGGCGUAUAAAAUGCAUUCUUCUUUCUUUCUAAUGCCUAUCCAUUUUAUUUCCCUUUUCUUUUUCCUUCAUGAUGAGUCAUCUUUUUUUUUUUUUUUUUU